AGUGGGGGGGACGGCAGCUGGAGGGGCGGCCAUGUGAGGCAGACACCGACGCGGGAGCCUCUACUCAUUUAAAUCUGUGUUGGCUCGUGUGUGUGUCCUGCCCAGGGAGAGAACGGUUACGGGAGGGGGUAGCGCGGGGGUAUAUCGCCAGAUCUCGGUCAUGGACUACGACAUGAUACUGCCGGUGAUAGCGGGGGCCUCGGGCGUCUUCGCGGGCUCUGCUGUGCUCUAUAGCAAGAUCAGACAACGUUUUCCGGUCAAAGUCAAUUGUUGGUUCUGUAACAAUGACACAAAAGUUGAAUUCAGAUACCAGGAAGGGUGGAUUUGCCCUUCUUGCCAACAGUACAAUGGAUUUAAUGAAGAAGGGGACUACAAUCGGGAUAUUCCUGCGCAAUACUGUGAAAGUUUGAACACCCCAUUAGCACAGCAAAGAGAAAAGAAACCUAGCAGUCAGACAAGCUUAGCACAUGGUAAUGGACUGUGUCACACCUGUAAUCUCAAUCAAACACUCAAAAUACGAGCAUUAGCGGAUUAUACACCAAUUCAUCCUGAUAAUUACGACAAGGAAAUAGAAGAUUAUAGGAAAAGAUUGGAGAGGACCUAUGCCCUCUGCAGGGAGUGUGAAGCAACACUCCACCAGACUCUUGGCAAACAGGAUUCCUGGCUUAAACCACGGCUUAUAUCUUGGAGGCUAUAUCUCACAUCUGAGAAUAAGACGAGACUUUUUUCGAAUAGUACUGGUGGACAACAAAGAAACCUAUUUUACCUUCAUCUACUUCAUGUAAUGGGAAUUGUGAUAUCUCUAUCACUAUUUCUGUGCAACUUGCAUCACUUGCAGCAGCACUCGGGUGUACAGCUGGUGUCUCUAAACUUUGGUGUGGACUUGGAAGUGUACCUCGGCAGCCUGCACAAGUAUUCGUCACCCCUGAUUGUUGCAGGACUGUCGUUGCUUCUUGUUAGCAUUUGUUCUUUUGGAAAGGAAGCUCUACAGAUUACUGAUGCUGUUGCAAGUUUUGUUUGGGUUGGGCUGUUGGCACUGUGUUCUUCAAAACGACUCAUACCAGCCAACGAUUAUAAUUCACUGCAGGUUCUUGUGUCUGGAGCUGCUGUGCUCUUUACAGUGUUGACAUCCUUUGUGCGACGAAAUUUCGGCAGUACCAAAAUAAGGAAGACGACUCUUGGCAAUAAGAGUAUGAUGAGUGAAAAGUCCAGUGGUAGCUUGGAAGACAGUCGUUGCACCAUGAAUACCAGUCUUGGUGAUGAUCUCGGCAACCUAAACCAACCAUUUUCUCCUUCACUAAAUAAUGGUAAAACCAGUCCUGUGAAUUUAAUCCCUGAAUAUCCCUCACUGGCUGAUAGUUUGGACACAACCUUGAGCAGCUUGAAAAUAAGUACCCCAUUAAAAAAUGAUCUAAGAAUUCGCACCAACACCCCUUUUUCCCCUAAACUACUAUUUACUGAAAAACCUGGAUAUAAUCCCAAGCUUAAUGAUUCAUAUUGCAGCCAGCGGAGUGAAACUAGUCCUUCGAGAUUCUCUGCUAAAAACAUCACACAGUCUUCAUGGGUUGCCGGGGGGUACUGGGGUCACCCUGUGAGCCCUUCUCGAGAAUUUUCACAGAAUGUGAUGCCACCUUUAGGACCCGUAUGCCCUGGACAGUCGACCCUGUAUCCUCUUUCUCGUUCUUCCAGCCAGAGUUCAGGAUUUGUCUCUCAGAGUAGUGGGCUACCACCAUACAAUCCCACAGCUGUACAUCAAUUACAUCAGCCAUACAGUUUACCUAAUUCAUGCCAUGGAUCACACUAUGGAGAAUUAGACCGUGGAUCAGUUCUGUCUGAACCUGCCUAUAAAACCUGGGGUUAUUCGCCAUCUCUUUAUCCUUCUGAUUCGGCAUCACAAAUCAGUUACGGUCAUUGCAGAAGACGUGUCGCAGGUGAUGCUCGGUCUCUAUACAGCAGUACAUCACAUGUUUCGGAUGGUUCUCUACAGAGAAACCCUCCAUCUCCUCCUGCAAGUUCCUCUCAUUUUUAUCAUUCAGCUCAUGGAAACCUAAGUGAGAACUCGAGUAAUACUAGCAGCAGUAGAAACACUACCAAAGUACAGGCACCUGAUGCAACUAUAAUGGAGCUCACGAACAGACAGGCAAAUCACUGCAAGUCUCUUAAUUAUCGUAAUCCAUGGAUUGCAUUUUUUCUUGGUAUGAGUAUUGCUGCUAAUGGGUUCCUAGUUGUUGUACUUUAUAUGCAUGAAGAUAUAAAAAGUUUUCUUACUAGCUAAUUUUCUUUACACAUUAGGCUUUGUUUUAAUGAAUGUCCACAUUGGUUUACCUGUAUCUUACGGUAUAUUUUAAUUUUGUAAUUCCUCGUGUGAAUUAUUAUACAGUAUACAGUUUUAGUAAGUUGCUAAUUAAUGAAAUGUAAUGGCGUUUGAAUCUGCACUGAUGGGAGAGGGUUGGUUUUUAAUUAAUUUAAGCUAAUUUGCUUUAUUUAACUACAUGCCCACCGGCUUGUAAUAACCUUGUUACCGGCUCAUAAAUAUCCAGCCAUGUGGGAAACAUUAUUCCCCAUCUUAUUUCAGUCUGUGAUAGCUACUCCAGAGCCUGUGACUGGGUUAACUUGACUUGUACCAGCCCUUGUUCAACAGUGGGUGACUUUGUCCUGGGCAGUAUUAAGAUUCAUAAGGUAAACAAAAAAUAGCUCUCAUUGCCCUAUUUAUACAGUACAAAAGUGAAGCAAAACUAUAGCCUUAGUAUGUAAAGUCAGUUCUAUGUGUUCAUAAAAUCUUGUCAGGUGAAAUGCAAGCAGCUCAGGAUUUUAUCAAUUGAGCAUUUCUUGCAAAUAAAUCCAUUCCAGUUUUCUAUUUGGUGUACAGUUGUGAUAGUGCCUGAAUAUAGUUUUAUAUAAUGAAAUGGGACCAGUCAUGAAAUUUCAGAGUAGAGCUGCCAUUUGCUAAAUACUUGAUUUCAUUGUGCUCCUGAGCCAAUAAUGUAAAAAUAGUUUUAAUGAUGGUACUUGUGUAAUUUACUUAAUGUGAAUUAUCCAUGCUCUGAAAGAAGUGUUGCACUUCAUUGCAGUACAGUAUGUUUAUAUAGUAAUUACCUCUGAAAAUAUAAAAUUGUGUAGAAAAUCUGGGUAUCAGUGUGGCAUUAAAGCCACAUUAUUAGUAACAAAUGGAGUAUAAAACAUGAUCUUCAAAUGGAAAGUUUGAGUGGGUUGGUUAGGAUGAGAUUUUACAGUGGUGUAAAACUUUUGGAAUGAAUUUUAAUUCUAAACAUCCUUUGCCACCUGAACAGUGAAUGAAUGAAGUAAUCAAUGUUAGUUGUAAGUUUGUGUUGCCAAAACUAACGGGAUCCUUGUGUAGAGCGAGCUGAACUAAAAAGAUAAGAAAAAUUCUAUAUACUGUAUUAAAUUUAUGAACUACUAGCAAUACAGUAUUAUUGAAUCUAAAAUCAAAGGAUUGUCUUGUCAUUGUGAGAAUAAAUUGGUAAUGCUAGUUCUAAAAGACCUAUGUUCAAGAUAACUUUAAAAUUAAAUUAGUGUGUGCCAAAGUACGGCAUUCUAGUUGCAUUGAGUUAUUUGGUAUUUUUAUUUAUGUAAACUUGCCUGUUGUGGGGAGGUGUUGAGCUCAAGAAAAAUGUGUACUGGUGUGUUUGUACUAUUUCUGGGUAAAUGUAAAUUUGCCCUCUAUUAAUUUUGGCAUGAACAAAUUAUAUCCAUAGUUUCUGUACUGUAAUGAAAAAUUCAAAAAUUAAUUUGAAAAUUUUUUUCUGUUUACAUUUGUCCCAUUGUAUAAAGUUCCAUCAGCAGCAAAUAUAUGUAAUCAAGCACUUUUUCCCUGAAAUUAUGAAACUUCCUAUGAAGUGCAUUUUUCUUAGUGUAAUUCAUUUUACUUUGUUAACCUUGAAUUAGCAUUGUUAUCCAAACAUUUAUUGCAAUUGUUGAAUAUUACACUUAUUGUAAUUAUCAGUGUAUGUAUAGUACUGUGAACCCUUUUUUACAUUUUAUAAUGAAUGGCUAGAAAUUCGAAUUGUUUUACCCGUUUGUGCAAAACCAUUUUAGGACUGUUAAGAUAAUUUGUUACCUUUCUCAGACAUUUAAAUAUUUUAUACAUACAGUGUGUGAAAUACAUUGUAAUUAAUUACUACUGUAGCCAGUUUUCUUAAUAAAUGUUUCUUUUA